AUGCCCCGGGCGCCCCCGCUUCUNGCCAAGCUCUGCGCUCUCUACAAAGAGGCCGAGCUGCGCCUGAAGGGCAGCAGCAACACCACCGAGUGUGUCCCCGUGCCCACCUCCGAGCACGUGGCCGAGAUCGUGGGCAGGCAAGGCUGCAAGAUUAAGGCUCUGAGGGCCAAGACCAACACGUACAUCAAGACACCGGUACGCGGCGAGGAGCCCGUGUUCAUGGUGACCGGGCGGCGGGAGGACGUGGCCACGGCCCGACGGGAAAUCAUCUCGGCAGCCGAGCACUUCUCCAUGAUCCGCGCCUCGCGCAACAAGUCGGGCGCUGCCUUUGGCGUGGCUCCUGCCCUGCCCGGCCAGGUGACCAUUCGCGUGCGGGUGCCCUACCGCGUGGUGGGGCUGGUGGUGGGCCCCAAGGGGGCAACCAUCAAGCGCAUCCAGCAGCAGACCAACACGUACAUCAUCACGCCAAGCCGCGACCGCGACCCGGUGUUCGAGAUCACGGGUGCGCCGGGGAACGUGGAGCGCGCGCGCGAGGAGAUCGAGACGCACAUCGCGGUGCGCACGGGCAAGAUCCUCGAGUACAACAACGAGAACGACUUCCUGGCGGGGAGCCCCGACGCCGGCCUGGACAGCCGCUACUCCGAGGCCUGGAGAGUGCACCCGUCCGGCUGCAAGCCACUCUCCACCUUCCGCCAGAACAGCCUGGGGUGCAUCGGCGAGUGCGCCGUGGACUCGGGCUUCGAGGCCCCGCGCCUGGGCGAGCAGGGCGGGGACUUCGGCUAUGGCGGCUACCUGUUCCCGGGCUAUGGCGUGGGCAAGCAGGACGUGUACUACGGCGUGGCCGAGACCAGCCCCCCGCUCUGGGCGGGCCAGGAGAACGCCACGCCCACCUCGGUGCUCUUCUCCUCCGCCUCCUCGUCGUCGUCGUCGUCAGCCAAGGCCCGCGCCGCGCCACCGGGGGCGCACCGCUCUCCCGCCGCCUCCGCGGGGCCCGAGCUGGCCGGACUGCCCAGACGCCCGCCGGGAGAGCCGCUGCAGGGCUUCUCCAAACUGGGGGGCGGCCUGCGGAGCCCCGGCAGCGGGCGGGACUGCAUGGUGUGCUUCGAGAGUGAGGUGACUGCCGCCCUCGUGCCCUGCGGACACAACCUGUUCUGCAUGGAGUGUGCAGUACGCAUCUGCGAGAGGACGGACCCGGAGUGUCCCGUCUGCCACAUCACAGCCACGCAAGCCAUCCGAAUAUUCUCCUAAGCCCCCUGCCCAGGCCUCCUGGCUCCCUCCCUCGGGGGCCCACCCUGGAUCUGUUUUCCACUGGGGCCUUUUGGAAAUCAGUGAUAUGAGGGGCAAGGUGCUUAGAGAUACUCGCUCCGUGGGGAGGGGGAGGGGAGGCGAUGGUGGCUAGGGGGUGGGCCACUUUCAGAGCCUCUGGUCACCCGGUCCUGGAAAGGUUGGGAGGGGGCCAGGCAGGACAUUUUGCUAGAGUUACAACUCUGAUACCUCAAGACACCCUUCAAUCUGGAAGCAGCUACGAGAAACUUUUGUUUUGCCAGAGGCGGUCCAUAAGGCAUCCUGACCCCCUCUGUCCUCCCCCCAUCUGUGUCACACUACCCUUUCCUCUGUGGAGGGGAUUGGGGAAAGGGAGGGGGAGAAUUAUCGUCUGGAUCUAGAGGUCCUCUUUCCAACCCUCAAGCCCUCUCUGGCCCUGACCUUUCACCUCCUCACAGGACCCUGUAGACCCCCCCCACCACCAUAUGCCAUAUCCUGUUUGGGCAUCUGCUCCUGGGUUUCCAGGGGUCUAGGGGAGUUGGGGUCCUUUCAGAAGUCUGCACAGGUUCCCUGGGGUUGGGGGGGAAGCAUAUCAAUCUGUAAAGGGCUCAGAGCUCAUCUCCCCACAGAGCUGGGUGGAGGGUCUGGAGAGCGAGCUCCUGUCGGCCCCUCCGGCUGCCCCUCACCCUGUCCUCCCCAUCUUUCCUCCUUUGGGCUCUCCUCUCCCCUUUGCUCUUUCCACCAGCUCUCCUCUUUGCUUGCCCUUGAUGGCUGUUGCUUCCAGCUCUGUCCUCCUCUCUCUCUUUCUUCCCUUCUCCCCCUCCCUCCUGCCCCUUCUAGUCCAGCUUUGGGCUCACCGUCCUUCUGGGGAGAAGUAGGGGAGAAGAGCAUUUGGAUGGACCACCCCCCCCUUAAUUCCUCUUCUGACAUCUGGAGGCCCUCCCUACCCCUCCAAAGAAACAGCUCGAAUUCUUGAUGGAAUAUAUCCCCAUUCUCAGUGAAAAUUUGAGGAGGGGACUAAUACUGGGGUACAUCAAGGGUCAAACCUCUGCCUCUACCAUCUCUGGGCACUGUGUUUAAGGAACAGUUCUUGGGCUGGAUCCUCUGGCGGCAGGCAUUGGAGAGGCAGGGUCUGCUGUUCAGGGGGCAGGAAGGAGCGAGAGGCUGGUGGACAGAGGGGCUGUUCCUCCCCCGUAGUUCCCACGCCCUGCGCCCCCUCUCUGGACCUGACACAAACCCCUAUUAGUGAUCAAAUCAUGAAGUCCCUGUCCCACCCAUUGUGGUUGAGGAGAGAGUCUGGGUCUUCAGAGAGAGCUCCGUCCUCGGCCUGGCGGGACUGGGAUGCAGCAGAGUCCGGUCCGGUAUCACUAACAGGCCUAGCACCCCCCCUCCACUGCUUCCCUAAGGCUCACUUGGGGCUACCACCAGCCUCCCACCCUCCUGGUUCCGCUGGCCGGGCCAGGAGAGGGUGGGGGAUGUGAGUCCCUGAGGGUCCCGGGACAUACUUGUAUAUAAUGGGGCGGGGCUGUUCUAGGUGAUCUCUGAGCACUUAUGCUCGGGAGUCCCAUUCUAUCUGAUGGAGAGGGGGUGCAUGGAUGAAGGUACAGGGGGGAUUUCCUCCUCUCCUUCCUCCUGUUGUGAAUUCACUCACCUCUUCUCAGCCUACCCCUGCAGACCACCAGCCAGGGAGGGGAGAGGAAGGAGGUCACAGUCUGGAAAGUGGCCUGUGGCAACUUCCCUCCUUCCCGCCAAUGUGAGCCAUCCUGCGAUGUCUGUACAAUAGAAACCAAACCAAAUGGGCGCCCUCGGUCGCCGAGGGGGGUGGGGAGGGGGGUGGGAAGAAGGGAUGUCUGUCUGUCGAUCCCCCUCCCCCUCUCCACUUCUUACCCACAAAGGCAGAAGACUGUUAGGCUAGGGGGCUCAGAAAAUUCAGUCCCACCAUUGGUAAUUGAGCCAAACCUAGAAACCAACGCAAAACACACAUAGUGAGAGACAAAACAGAGGAGAGAAAGCGUGAGAGGGAGCGAGAUAGGCGAACAACACAGAGGAGACAAAACAAAAAUAGCAAAAAAAAAAAAAAAAAAAAAAAAAAAAAAAAAAAAAAAAAAGCAGUUCUUUAUAAUUUAAUAUUCUAUUUUAAUAAAGGCGUUUAUUACCGUAUAAAUGUAGCAAAGAACCUGGGCUAAUAUGAAAAAAAGACUUUUUAUUAGGUAAUUUAUUAUAUGAAAAGGAUAUUUUAUUUUAUGAUAAAGUGAUCCUUAAAAAAAAUAAAAAAACUUUAGAAGGUUUAGAAUAUAUGUAGGGAGAGAAGAAAAAAAAUACAUUUGUAUUCAGAGUUAAAUCUUAAAAAAAAAGUGUUUUUAAUAUAUGUUCAGGUUUACGUUCCUUUUUUCCCCCACUUUUUUUUGGGGAGGAAUGUCAUUUGCUUUUCAUGGGCAGCAUCCUGGGAUGUGUGGUGGAGAUGGGGGCGCUGGGGGAACCUGGUCCCUCUGGGGCCCCGCUAGUAGAUUGGAUUUCACUCCAUGGGCCCCCUCCCCGCUCCCCUCCCCCUCGGGGGAGCCGCAGAGCCAAACAAAGAAAGGGAUUAACAAGAAAGGAAGACGCGCUUGGACUGAGGAUCCUGGGCUGCCCCCCCCUUCCCCUGCCCUGUCCCAGGGGCGAGUGGGGAGGGGAAGUCCAGAGCUGAGGCCUAGCAGGCCUGCGGGAACCCUCAGAGAGGUGCGAGAUUUAAGAGAAAUAGUUUUGUUUUGUUUUGUUUUGUUUAACCAAAAAUGAGAGAGAGAGAGAGAAGAAAAAGAAAGAAACCGAGGGGUUUAAAAGAAAAGAAUACUACAAAAUAAAAAUUAUUAAUAAUAAUAAUUCAAAUUUAUUUCAUAUAAUCCUAGAGAAAAGAAAGAAUUACUAGUUACUUAGUAGACGAUAUUCAGAUAGCUUAAAGUUUAGUAGCAUCGAGGGCCCCUGGGUCCAGUAGAAUGUAUAAAAGUUGUAACGAAGAGGAAAGUAGAGGAGGGAAGCGGUUGAGUCCAACCUGCGUGUGAGGAACCCCCCAGUCUCCAGAGACCGGGGUGGAAGCUCGUGCUAGUGGAGGUCGGAGCUUCCAGUCUGCUGGGGUUGAUUCUGAGAAUCCUUGGAUUUUUAAAUGGUAGGACAAACAGAUGAGGAGCUCCAUCCCCAGGGUCUUUGAAAGAUGGACAUUGAUCAUUUCAAAUGCAUGGGAGCCGAACUGCGCAGCGGAGGUGAGCACGUUUGCCUGCACCCUCCCCUCUGCCCUGGCACCGGGGGCCUGCCACCCUGUCUGUCCCCAGGUCUCUGCAGAGCAGUCCUUACUCCAAAGUGCUGUGUCCUCUUGGGGCUCUCGGGGCAGGGGGGGGGGUGGAGACCACUCCGCUCAGACCCUCCUGGGUCUCCUGCUUCUCCCAGGCCCGAGGAAGUCCUUGUUGAAGUGUAACCUCAAUCCACCCCACGAGGGAUUGAUUCAAGAGCCUGGUAGGUUAUUCUAGAAACAGACAUGCAUAUACUUCCCACCUUCUCAGAGCUUCACGAAGACAGGGGGUCAGUCCUCUGUCCUUGUUCCCACCCAAUAUCCCACUUAGCUUUCGGCCUCCUUGGCAGCGGUGGGAUUAACCAUCUCAGUAACAGCUCUUUACAGCUGCCCUGUGCUGUCCAGGCCAGCUUUAUUGUCUCAUGGAAGUUAGACUCCAGGAAGGACUUCCCACCCACUGGGGUACAGUGCAGAUACUGUCCUUGAAGGCCUGGGAGAAUGGGCCCCCAGGGGUACGAAGGCAGGGGGCAGGCAGCAGAGACUUUGGGGGAUGCUGUCCCUCACCCUGUGCUCCAGUUCACCUCCAGCUGUGAGUGUUCAGGGAGGGGCCCCCCAGGGUGUCCUGGCCUGGGGGCACCUCACCCUCCCCACAGAAAACUGGGGAGCCUGGCUUUUGCAUGUGAGAAAUCAACUGUUUUUUUAGCACUUGCCUUCCACCGGCCUAGCUCAGGACGGGCCCUCCCUCCUGUGGGGAGGGGAGGGCUGGGAGGAGCCUGCUCACACACCUGAGACCCGUGGAGCCCCUCCCUGGCCCUGGGCCCCAAACACAUCUCCCUCUCCCCGAUUUACUCUUCUCACCCCACCUAGGGAGAUUCUCCCCUGCUCUUUUUGUCCUAGAAACCCCGCUAGUUUGGGAAGGUAGAGUCUGGGGUGGGGAGGGCUUCCCCUUCCCGCUGGAGGGUGCGGGUGGGGUAGGGUGGGAGGGGAGGCAGCCCCGGGGCAGGGGGAUGGUCUCUCCACUGUAGAAAGUAGAGUAGGAUUGUGGUCAGACUUAAUUUGAGGCAUCUAGUGAAGACACGUACAAAUCCACCAAGGAAAAAUAUUUCAAAAGCAAAAUAAAGGCGGGAAACAAAACGGACCCACGAAUAAUAAAGUCAAAGUGAUGUUGCACAAAAUGCAGAGAAACCAAGAAGGGGGAGGGUUAAUGUAUUAAAUGUGCUAUUAAGAACUUAAUUUUAUUAAAAGUAUUAUUAAUUAAG